AUGACCCCAGCUAUGCGAGGGAAAGUCAAGAGCACUGUCAUGGAAGUGGACGAGCGUGUCCACACCUUAACUGAGAGCUUCGAGCCUUUUGCGCCCGAAGCUCGUCCAGGCGAUCGGUUACUGGACCGCUAUGCGGACCGUCUCCGCUUUGACGAACGCGAUCCUACCCAGGAUAGGCGUCCAUAUCUAGACGAGCUCAUCGCGAGAGCGAGGGCUGACCCACUAACAGUACUGGCUGCAACUGAUGGCUCUGUCCCUCAGUCCAACCAGUAUCAAGCGGCUUCGGCUGCUAUAAUCUACAAGGGACAUCGCGAGCUCGAAAGGACGCGCUAUGUCUCUGGCAGAGUUACCGCCCCUGAUGCGGAGCUCAAUGCCAUUUCGUGCGCAGUGCGCCUUGCUGUCAAGCAGGCAAACUGCCAACAUAUUAUGGUCUUUACUGACUCUAUGGGCUCAGCCCAUAGAGCGGUGGACCCCGGCGUGCAUUCUGGUCAGGCUUUCAGCCUGUCAGUUUGUCGCGUUCUUAAAGAGUGGUUUGAGGCGGAUGAUCUCCGUCGCAUUACCUUCGUCUACGUCCCGUCUGCUCUGCGGUGGGACAUCCAUGGUGAGGCACACAAGUACGUCACAGAGCUUAAAGUCAGGGUUGGACGUCGUAAGACGGACAACUCCAUAGACGCGCUACGCUCUCGAGCCGCGCACUCAGUCUUGGAUUCGUGGAGCUCCACUUUCCAAGAUCCAACCUACCGAGGCUCUGAGUUUUUAGAGCUUCAACAGCCUGACGGGCGGCCGCUACAGCCAUCGUACCUCAACGGGGGACCUUGGCUCUCAACUUUCGGACACAGUAUUACUGAGUUCGCUCGCGUUUGCUGGUGCAUAACUGGCCACGCGCCCAUUGGAGCGUAUUACCGUCGCUUUAAGAUCAAUGAGCCUCACGGCUGCACUUGCGGGGCUGCUUUGCAGUCCCACCAGCACAUCCUCUUUCGCUGUCGCGAUAGAUAUUCUGUACACUAUCCCCGUUUUCUCGGGGAUAUUGCAUCGUUUAUGAAGUACAACCCUACGGCGUUUGGCUUCGACUGGGACCCAUCGGGUGUCGGAUAA